AUGGGUGAGUUUUUGUACAUACAUUUAUUUACAAAUUUUAUAGUCUGAUUUCUUUUGAUUUCUAGAUGCUCCAUCUGAACCAGUUUUUCCAUGCAGUGUUUGUGGGCGCAAAUUUAUCAAAUCAAGUUUGGAGAAACAUGUUUCGGCGUGUAAAAAAUUGGCCAGUUUGCAUCGCAAACCUUUUGAUUCGGGAAAACAAAGAGCAAAUGGAAGUGAUAUCACUUAUGCAGAUGUCAAAAAAGCGCAAAAAGAGAAAACAAAGGUGAGAAAAUCACAGUUGAUAAACUCACAGUUGAUAAAAUUGAUAAACCCAUUUCUCGAAAAUUCCAUGCAUACAUAAAUGAGAUUUCAGACUGAUUACGUGAACAAAAAAAAAACAACAUUUUCUGUGUGAAAAAUAGGUUUGGUUUCAGUGAACUCUUAGUUAACAAGAAAUAAUUUUAACAUUGGGAAUUAGACAAUUUUAAUUAUUUUUUAUUUGUGCAUUGUGUUUUUAUGAGUAACAAAAAACAAGAAAUCAUUUUAUAUUGCGGAAUUAUUUUAAGAAUAAUGAAAUAGCAGGUUUUUAUGAAUUCUGAAAAUUGAGAGAAACAUUUUUAGGUCUUUAUUUUUAGAUUUUGAGGUUGUUUUCUCAUAGUAUCAAUAGUAGUGGCUUUCACAAGUUUUACGAUAUAUCAAUAUCAAUUUGCAAGAACUCUAAUAUGUUGUUUUAAAAAGCCGUAAAGCUUUCUCCAAACUGAGAAGUUCACUACAACAUUUAUAGGAUUUUCAAUUUUUAAAAAAUUAGUGAAUUUUCAGUAAAUUCCCAAACGCAUUAUUCCACAAAAUCGAUUUUCAGAACGGCGGUGUAUUUCCUCGUCCACAAACAAAUUGGCGUGAGAGACACGGAAACUUCAUCGACGCCGUUUCCUCGUCAAAACGCGUCGAUUACGCGUUGAAAACAGGUGCACCGUUGCCACCACCGCCAAGAACGGCUGUUCCAAGUGGUAAGUUAUUAAAAUCAUUCAUGCGUAGAGAAAAAUAA